UCAGAGGUCUUUCUGUGAAGCAGGUGACGCACCGAAAGUGUGGAGCACUAAAAAGCCGGACAGAAACCGGGCCAUGAGCAAAAUAUAACACCUCCAGGAUCCAAAACCAGAGGAGCAGCUGAGUAACCAGAGUGUCCUGACAGUGAGCAGAGAGAGCCAUGGAGACGGGGCCGUUCAGUCGGAAACAGUGGGCGUCGCAGUCCCUGCGCAUCACAGCCAGAGAGCUCUCAUUGGUCGGUGGGCGGGGCAAGAACAAUGCCAUUGCUGAGCGCUUUUCCAAAUACCAGAAAGCUGCAGAAGAAGCGAGUGACAAGAAGAAAACGCCCAUCGAAAGUGUUCCACCCACCUUGCGUUCGGGCAACCUAAGCGUCCUGAAGAAGCGCUGGGAGCACGACAAAGCUGCACCACAGCUCAGCGUCGCACCUGCUUCCGCCGCAUCCAGACCUGAACCUCCGGCGGAGUCUCGACCUCCCGCCCGCACCGGCGCCUUCGUCCGGCAGGGCAGCCUGAGGCAGCCUUUAACCCGCUGGCAGCGACCCGUACAGAUUAAGGAGGAGAAGGAGGCCGCAGAGAUGGAGAAGAAGCAGGAGAAGAAGCAGGAGAUGUCUGUAGAGGUGGAGCAAGAGGAGGCGGGGCCAGUGUCCCCAACCACGCCCUGCUCACCGCUGGAGAAACCUAGCGUGCCGCUCAACAGCCUGAAGAAGAUGUUUGAGAAAGGCGAAGGGAGGGUACGACAGAACAGCACUGAGGAGAUGGACAUCCGGCCGGCGGACCGAGGUUUGGUCACUCUGGAACGAACCAAAUCACUCAGAGACAGGAUGGCCAAGUACCAGCUAGCCGUGUCCAAACAGGAGACCCGCACCCCGCCGAGCUCCCAGUCAAACCAGUCUGAGAGUGAGGGAAGCCCAUCCACCACCGACCACAAGGAGAACGUGCCCCCUAGUGUCAGGAGACAAGCAGUGAACUCCAUCUCUCCAGAGUCGACCAGUACAAAGACCAAUGGCGUGUUGGGUGAUGCAGCGAGUCCCAGCACUGACAUCUCAUCACCAGAGAACAGUGACACGCCCAAACUGGCCAGGGGUCAGAAGUUCCGUUUCACAGUGAGGGAAUCCUGUGUGGGCUGUCAUAAAACUGUUUACCCGCUGGAGAAGCUUGUCGCCAAUCAGCAGACCUACCACAACACCUGCUUCCGCUGUGCCCACUGCAACACCAAGCUCAGCUUGGCCAACUACGCCUCCCUACAUGGUACCAUCUACUGCAAGCCCCACUUCAACCAGCUCUUCAAGUCCAAAGGAAACUAUGAUGAGGGCUUUGGUCACAGACCCCACAAGGAGCUGUGGACCCCUCGUGCUGAUGAGGACGAAACUGAAGAGUCUGAAAAGCCAGAAAAGCCAAAGUUUGUCAUGCCUGAGCCAACACCAGUAAAGUCCAACCCAGAACGUACUCCAAUCUCCAACCAGAACUCCAUUGUGGAGGAAUCGCCAUUGGCCAAAGUCACUGAUAUUGCGGCUUCUCUUGAGACGAAGACCCAGUUGAGCAGCCCAGUGGAACAACCCUCUCCUGCCUCAGUGGAGACCAAGAGGCUGAGGAUUGCCUGGCCACCACCUUUAGAUGGCGAAAGCAACCUCAAGGGCACCCCCAGCUCAUCCAUUGAGAGUGGAAGGGGUGGAUCUGUCAGGUCUUUCAGGUCCAAGUGGCCACCAGAGGGUGAGGGGCAAUCGUCCAUGGAGAGCAGCGAGCGAGUCGAGCUUAAGAACCUUCGUCGCAGCUCGUCUCUCAAAGAGCGAAGCCGUCCAUUCUCUGUGGCGCCAAGGUUGGAAUCUACAAGUUCCCCACAGCAAGAGCCACGGCGCCCUCUCAGAUCACCAAUGGUGAGGAGAGGUUCUCUGGAAGAGCUCCGAUCUUCUCCCAAAGUUCACACCAUCCAGAACGAGCUGGUAAAGGAGAAGGAGAACGCUGAAGAGAUUAAAGAAACCAGCAAGGCUUCAAUCAACAAAGUCCAUGAUUCCAGGAAGGCCGUAAAUGGUGACACCAGUUCCGAAGAGGAGAUCCCAGAGGAGCGUCCCAAAAUCACUGAAGAAAAAGAAAAAGUCAGCGUUCCUCAUUCCAUCCUGAAGCGGCCCCAACCCGCCAAAGUAGAAUCGCUAGAUGACGGCAAAGAUGGCGAGGAGGAAUCCGACAGAGGUCCCGAACUCUUCCUGCACCCUUCUCCUUCGCCAGCAGUGGAGAACAAAGCCAACAGGACAUCCCAGGAUGUAGGAUUCUGGGAAGGAGAAGAUGCUGAGGAUUCCCUGACUGUGGAGGAGAUGAUCAAGAGGAACCGCUGCUACGAUGAUGAAGAGGAUGACGAAGAGGAAGUGGCCGAAGUGUGAAAGCACUUGAUGCAGAAUCUCAAUUCUGUCUCUACCACAAUGGUUCAGAAUGGUAGACCCCAAAAUAGAUGUAAAAGGUGCCAAAAAGGGUUCUUUGAAGGUCCUUAAACCUUAAAUCCAGUUUCUUGUUCUAGUAGGUAUGACCUGGCAGCUCGCCAGUUGUUUACAUCAAUAGAUUACUCGGUUAUCUAUCAGAGAUUCCAAAAUCCAGAGUCCCAAAGCCUAGGCUACAUUUCUUGGACACUACGUCAUAGAUUGAGAAACACUUGGCAUGCACCCGAGAAAUGUAGCCAAUGUUCUGAGCGAUUGCAGGGAUGCAACUGAUGUAUCCUUCUCACUUUUUUGAUACUAACAAUUCUCUAAGCAUGUACAGUGCCAAUCAUUGAAAAAAAAAACUACAAUGGGUAGAAAGUGAAGCAGGACCUUUGUAGUGAUGUCACCAUGAAGAUUGUUAAACUACUGUUCCAUAAGUGCGACCAACAGGCAACUAAGUCUACUAAGGACUGGCAGACUGGCAGUUAUAUUAUAUUUAAGGUCUUAAUUUCAAGCCUAAAGCACUUUUGGUUCUUAAAUCAGUCCUCUAGAACCAAGGAGGUCCACAUUUUAGAUCCAUACUAAUGUUACAAGCUGGAUUGUGGAAAUCUUCCAAAUCUUUCCACCAGUGCAAAGAACUAUAUACGCAUCCAAAUGAUUAUUUUAGUUACUAAAGAAUCGCUGAAGAACCUUUUAAUUUCCAACAUGUGGAGGGUGUUCCUAUAUUGAAAUAAUGUUUUAAGGUUCUGCACUGCAUAUGCUUACAUAGUCCUGAAAAAAUUUACUAGUACUAAGUAAUGAAACCAUUUUUUAGAGCUUCCCAAUGGAACUAUUUAGGUAAAGUAGUUCCCCACUCAUGCAAAGAAUAAUUUAAGCAUUCAUUUGGUUCUUACAAUUGGAGUGUAAAGAACCGUUUUUAACGGUUUAUGGAACAACCCUUUCCACGUUUAAGGUUUUAGGAAGAACUCUAUGUCUGGAAUAUAGAAGUUACAGCAGUGCAUUGUGAGACGAUUCUUCAUACUCGCAAAUCUCUUUUUUAAGGAUCUUUAGAGAAAUAUUUUAUGCAAAGAACCCAUUUUGGCACCUUUUUCAGAACUUUCUUUUUGCCAGAUGUGUAUCAUCUCCUUGUUUUCUUGUUUUUUUUUAUUGUAUAUUUUCAUCUCAUUCAUUUCCUGACUCCACUAGAACUGGACCAAAACCAGAAAUGCAUUUAUCGCUGGUACUUUAUUCCUUUUAACCACUGCUUCUUCCUAAAACUGGACCUGAAAUGUACUGUCUGCUGUCUUUUUUGUGUGAAAAUGAACGUGUUCAUUGUCUUUGUCUCUGUUGUUGAGAACUCCUGCAAUAAGAAACACCAGAAUUGGCCAAAUAAUUUGAUAUUACAGAGAUAUUUUUGAUGGUUUUAUAGUAUAUGAGAUUCUUGUAGAACAAAAAUAAGGGCAAAAUAUCAAUUCAGAUUUUUUUUUUUUUUUACAGUUUAUAAUGGAACUGUAUCUUUUAUAUUUUGCAGAAAAUCAUCUUUCUCAUACUUUACUAUGCAUUUUAAUACAGUUUUCUAUUCUUUCGUAUUUAUACUUGAAGAUUAACAGGCUUGCAGUAGGUCAUUUCCAUACAUUCCAGUGAAAUGGUGAUCUUUAAUGGGAUUUCUCCUUCAGUGGUAUUUUAUAUUCGGACAAAAAAAAAAAAAAAACAUGGUGCCUAUCAGACGGACUGUCGUUAGCGGUUAUCAGAAUUUAAACAAUGUGAUUUAUAAAUGCUUUAUAUUCUGCUUUAUAUCAGACCAAAUAAGGUUAAUUUGCCUUAUGUUCAAGAUGAUGCUGAUUGUAAAGUGUAACGCUGUCUCAGAAACUGAAUAAAUAAAAUCUGACGAAUAUAGCAGAUG